UUGGAAAGGACGUUAUUCUUGCAGUGACGGUUGACCUCAGCGAGGAAUAGGAUCGUCAAUAUGCAUGAAAACUGCUAUGAUUAAUUGGAAUGGCCCUUUGUCGUAUCCUCCUGGACGACAACAGAUCAGUGUGGCACAUUGCAGAAUAUGGACCACGGAGAACGCAGCCAGGGACUCCUGUGUUGCCCAAUUCCGAAUUUUGUACGUUGUGCGACUUCGAGCCUUGAUCGGGCGAGCGGAUAAGGGAGGGUCAUCUUGUAGUGGACGUGAGCAACACGUCUUGCCCAUUCAACGUGGACUUCUUACCCAGACAUCAAUACCAAGUCACUAUUCUCGGUGGCUCAUCCGAACAAGCCUCAUUUAAGCCUCUGACGUUU